AUUACAAUCGUAUACUCGCACCACACAAGCCAAAGCGCGUGAAAAGAGAAUACCACCCUUACCCCCAAAUGGAACCUUGAUCGUCAGACCUCGAACCCUAUCCAUCCCCCCCACCCCCAAUUCUGGCUCGCGUUCAGAAUCCAGAUCACUCUUCCUUCCUUCUGACCUUAAAGUUCUUAUGAAGGUCAAACUCUUGGACGGCCCUAGCAUCUCGCUCUCCGUCUUGGACCCCGACGUCAUUUGAUGAGUCCUUCGGCAACGCCCAAUCCCUAGAUUUUUUUCUUUGUCUUUUUGUUUUUAAUUAAUGGCGAUGGAGCGCUCUGUGGAGGAUCUCGGAGCCCCGGAGUCUUGGGAGGUCGCCGAUUUGGACGAGUCCAUGAACCGCCUUCUGCUCUCCUCCAAGCCCCCCCUAGUGCUGAGCGAGGGCUCUGCUCCAGCUUCAGCUCCUUCCUCGGUUUCAUCGACAUUGAAUUUAGCUUCAGCGUUGCCCCGUGGUGAUGGUAGCGAGCACGUGUUGGAGGAUGCUGUUAAUCAGGUUGAUCAGUUUCUUCGCGAAGCUUUGCAGAAUCCUCGUGAGCGCUUAUCAAUUUUAAGGAUGGAGCAAGAUAUUGAGAAGUUUAUUCGUGAUCCUACCCAACACCAACUAGAAUUUCAACAGCUGCCUACAUCCUAUUUACGAUUGGCUGCACAUCGGGUGGCACAGCAUUACUCGCUGCAGUCAAUGGUUUUAUUGGACAAUAGUUCGCCUGAUGGUUCAGGUUCCAGAAUUAUUGUUCGAAAAACUUCAGAGUUUCAGCUUCCUCUGAUUCGCCUUGCAGACAUUCCUGCAAAUAUACCAUCAGAAGAUAAUAGUGCCAUUAAGGUUGCAAUCAAGCAGAGGCCGUCGAAACGGUCUCAGAUUGUCGGCAAUGCAAUUUCAAAUUCUUCGAAGGCAGGUAAUUCCAAAAGCGUAGAGGAGAGAAAAGAGGAGUAUAACAGGGCUCGUGCUAGAAUAUUCAACUCUAGUAAUAAUAUUGUUGGUGGAAUGAGUGGGAAGCCAGAAAGUGAGCCUUGGCUACAGGAUAAUCCCCAGCAUGGUUCCUUGGGUAUUUCAAAGAUGGAAGAGAAAUCCAUUCCGGGCAUUACUGAUGUGAGUUAUGGUAGAGGUCUAAUUGAUUCUUCAACAAGUAGCAGUAGAUCAGCUAAAAGUAGGACAGAGAAGGAACCAAUUGGCCAGAUCAAACCAAAUAGUAAGGUAGCUAUUUUCAGGGACCGUGAGGUUGAUCGCAAGGAUCCUGAUUAUGACAGGAAUUAUGACAGGUAUAUGCAAAGAUUCGAUCCUGGUUUUGGGUUUAAUGGAGGACCAUAUACUAUGCAGCCUAUGUACACCCCUACAGUGAACUACAACACUGAAUUUCCACAACUUGGGUCUACUCAUAGGCCUCAGAUUUCUCCUGAGCACCAACCUCACCCACUUCCUCAACAUCUGCCUGGGGCAUGGGGUGCACCAUCAACCCCUACAGGAAUUGGGUAUGGCCAUCCAGAGACCAUGAUGGCGCCAUUCAAUCCUAAUCAUGUUGGUGCUCGCUCCACAUCUGCCAUAUACCUGCAUUCCUCUCAUUACCCUUGUCAGCAUCCGGGGAUGCCUUUCAUCCAUCCUCGUGAACAAGUUCACCAAUCUUUUUCGCAGUCUCACCAGCAGCAACCUGAUGCAAGUUUUGGAUUAGCCCGGCCCCGAUGAGGGCAUGGGCCAUGCCUGCACACUGCCAGUUGGAAGUCAGUCUUGAAGUAUGACGAGGGCUACACGUUUGUUCAUAUUAUCUUUAGCUGGCAAAAGUGCAGGCAUAGAGAACUGGGAUGGGCUGGAGUGGAUGUAUUGUGCACCCGAUUCUUCAAUUCAUUCCACCAUCUUGGUCUUAAUGGAAGCUUCUUACAUAUUUGAUGAACGAUGAAGCUCACUCGGUUUACAAAUUCCAUUGAUGGAAGCUGCAUGUAUCUUUGAUGAACGAUGAAGAAACUUACUGCAUUUACUGUUCCAUCAUUUAAUCGUGGCCUCUUGGAGCUAUGAUUUGCCACAGAUGAUGAUGAACAAUGAGCAUAGAAGAAGAAUUUAUUAGAGCUGGGAAAGUAAUUGAGCAGUUUGGAUGAAGGUCAGCUCUUCAAAACCAUCAAGCUCUGUUUUAUGUCUUCGAUGUUUUAUUGACAUAGAACAGACAGAUAAAUAAAUUUGCUUUUUACAGCUUUGCUACUCAAUUACGUUCGAGCAUCACCAAUGUAUGGGGUUUCUUUCUGGCAACAACAUCGUCAAGAAUCGAAGUCAAUAUGCUUUCAAGGAAAAUUUAGCCAGUUAGUUGUUUGGCUCAUAGGAGAGAUUUGGUGUGCAUCCCGGCUUUUAUUUUUUGAAGGACUGCUCAUCACUUGCUAUGCAUUCCUGCUACACUUGUUUUUAGAAAGAAGAAAGCAGAUCACAUUAUGUACUAUAUCCGCCAUUUUGGUACCUGUAAUUAUGGUCUCGUUUUGAUAGUAAAAGUGUCUUUGUCUCAUUUUAUCUA